UCAGAUGUAUCUAUGUAUUCUUAUUCAGAUGAUUUUCCCUUGUAGGUUAUUCCAAAAAGUUGAGUACACUUCCCGGUGCUGUUGUAGUAGGUCCUUGUUGGGCGUCUAUUUUCUGUGUAGUAAUGUGGCACGUCUUGUUUUGAUCUUGAGCACUUGCAAUCUGGGAAGGGGGCACCAAAGGUAUUUCAGGGAUAAAGGCAGUGUGGGAUUCAGUCAGGUCAGGCACAGUCAGAAAGACAUCACCUCCCUUUCCUAAAGAGCAUCUGGAUUGAAGCUGCUGUUCCUUGGGACGCAGGAGAGGGCAGGAUGGGGGUGCCCGCCGCCCUCACAGGCUGGGCCUGUGCCGCCCUCUGCCUGGUGCCCGGCUCCUCCGCCUUUUCCCACGGGGCUGGCGCGGCGGCCUGUGCGGACAUGCGACCCAAGCACAUUCCAGCCCGGACUCAGAGCCCCGGGACCCACCACAUCACCAUCCUCACCGGCAGCUCUUCCUACUCACCAGGUGCCACGGUUUCAGUGGCCGUGAGGAGCAGCCGUGAUUUCAUGGGCUUCCUACUCCAGGCCCGAAGAGUGUCUGAUCAUCAGAUAGCUGGCUCUUUUGUCUUCAUUCCUCCUCAUGCCAAACUGAUAACUUGCUUGGAAGAGGCUGACACAGUCACCCACGCGGACAAGUCCCGGAAGAGAAACCUGUCAUUCAAGUGGCAGGCCCCUGCCCAGCCCGUGGGGAACAUCAGGUUCUUUUUAUCUGUAGUCCAGUCAUAUUUCGUUUACUGGGUGAAGAUUGAAUCAUCUGUCGUGUCUCAACAGACACACAGUAGAGCCCAUUCGGACAGCCACGUGGAGCCUGGCUCGCCGAUGCCAGCCUCUGGGCAGAGGCUGGAGGACAUGGAAGGAACCAUCCCAGUGUCUCCGGGCCUCCACUUGGCCCCCAGUCUCCCCAUCACUCUGCUUCAGCAGCGCACAGAUGUCUCUGCUGCUGCUGUAACUGGAGCUGGAGAAGAGGACAGCUUAGGUCCUGCUCCUACCAGUGUUUGGGUGACAGAGUUCCUCAGGGCUGCAGAGACUCCAUUCCAAGCAUCUUCACACACAGCUGCUGCAGUCAGUGAUGGCCAUCACCCCAGCAGGGACAGCAGCCCCACCCUGGAACCAUCCCUGGAUGUCCGGGGUCUGGAGAGGCUUGUAGCCCUCAGGGACUUCUCCACAGAGAGCUUCGCUUCCGGCUUCAGCACCUGCCACAGGACUCAGAAUGAUCCAAGCUUUGAUUCACUAGAAACUUGUCUGCCCUCGGAUAGGGAUGAACAGGACAAGACGGAGGCCUCUAACAGGACAGUGAUGAGGCCUCCUUUGUACACUGUCCAUCUCCCCCACCCUCACCUCUGGUCCUCCGGGGCACUCACUGGACAUGGGGCCGGGGCAGCCCACCCAACUCCUGCCCUCCACACCUCUGCCACCUCCAGGCCCACCACCGCUGAUGGCCAGUUAGAGGCAUCCAGACCCUCUGCCAGCUUCCUGCCUCGGUCAAAGCACAAGGAGCGCAGAGUGGAGGAGGGCAGUGGAGCAGCUGGUGUGGGAGACCCCAGGAAGACCAACCCAAGACCUGAGCUCGGGCAGGAUGGAGCCAGGGCCCCGUGGGGGACCCAGCUCGGGACUCCGCAGCUGGGCCUCCUGCUCUGCCUCUUGGCCGUGCUGGGCGUGGCCAUGGUUGCUGGCCUUCGUCACCUGCACAUCCAAUAUUGCCGCAGGCAGAUGGAAGUGUCCCUUUGUGAGCCUGCCAGGGAUGUGGUUGCCACAGGUGACAAUGGUGAGAUCGUGUACGUCCGGAGAAUUGGAGACAACAGUUUUGUUUUGGUCGAAGAGGAAUGCAACUGGAUUGCUCCCUCUGUGAGCAGCAAGAAAACAGUCCUCUGAGAAAGUCGUGGUCCCCUUGCACCCUGUAGAGAGUCUCAGCCAGAACAGACCUACUGAGAAUAAUUGAUGAGGACAGCGAUCCACUGUGCACCCACCUCCCACCCCUGUCAGGGAGCAGUUAGUAGAGCACAAGGACAGUUUUUCAACAGAGGGAAUUCUUCCCCAGCUUUGUUGUCUUAACAUCUGUAAUUUAGCUGCCUUUUUUUUAGUUCUCGCAAUUAGACGUUCUGUUUGAAGACUUAAACCCAACACAAUGAAUAUUGUAUAACCUGCUCAUUAACUAGACUCCCGUGGCCGCCGCGCUUCCUCCAUUGCCUUAAGGAACCCGCAGAAAUAGAACUUCUGUCCCUCCUCAGCAUUGUCAGCCUCAUCACCUCUAACUCUUUGAAAAAAGUAGUAAGGGUGGAGUUGUGUCUCUUUCAGCCCUCCCUUUGCCUCGCCAAGCCACCCCCCAGAGAAGUCUUGUUUUUCCAAACUAGAGUUCAAAGUUGGCUCUGAUGUCGACUGGGUGAGUGCAAAGGUAUUUUGCCUUCCAGGAAACUCAGACAUGUGGCAAAUCUGCAGUGGAAAUUGGUCAAAGGCAAGGAAGAUUUUAGAGAGUUUGACUGCCACAUCGGUGGGGAAAUAUACAUGCAGCACGAAGCCUUAAACCCGAGAGAGGGGUAAGCAAACUGCCUCUUCUGGUGUAAAUGGAUCUGAGAUCUCCCAUCCAUUCACACUUGAUUAGAGACUAAAUAUCCCACCAACUAACAGACUUCUUGCCUUUGCCAUAGGUCAGGCUGAAAAAUAAAUGAUAAUACCAGUGCAGCUUUAAGAGCCUUUAUCUGUCUAAGAAAGCAUGAUGGACGGAGACCAUUGUGACUUUAUGAAGAUCACUCUGAUGUAGCAAGCGUUCCAUAGAUACCAAAUGGGUUUGAAUGUAACUCUUGAAUAUGGUCACCUAAUAUAACACAUGAGAAUUAGCUGCCUUUUCAGAGGUAAACCUACUACAGAGUCAAGGUCCAUUUUAAUGUGGAAACCAAAGCACUAUAAAUUUGGAAAUGAUAUUUCCUGAUUGAGUAGCUAAGUUGUGUAGGUUGUGCCAAGAACAGUACAUAUGUUGUCACAUUGAGCUCCUACAAUAACUUCAUGAGGAAGAAGUUCAGUAAUUUGCUGAAGAGAAAGAGACAUUCGUGACAUUGCAACUCAAUAACAAAAACAUUAAUAAAAUAAAACUCAGGUGUGUAGGAAAGGGCUGCUUCUGUGUUUCCAGCCUGUUAGCUCACUGGGCAUCAGCUCCGAGUCUAUCCUCCCAGAUUCUAGCGUAGGCACAUCUGUCCCUUGGCUUCAGGCAAGUACCUUAACGGGCACACGGAGACCUAGGGGCAUGUAAGCGUGCUUAGUCGC